AUGUCACAACUCCCAGGACCUAUUCCAGCCUUGUACACGGUGUACGUCCUCCGCUCUUCAAUUCGCCAUGCCUCAUUUUACAUAGGUUCUACGCCUGCACCUCCCAGACGCUUAAAGCAACACAAUGGUGUCGCUACCGGGGGUGCUGUGAGAACGGCAAAAGACAAGUUACGGCCAUGGGAAGUAGUAAUUGUGAUAUCGGGAUUCCCGAGCUCCAUCGCAGCUCUCAAGUUCGAGUGGGCUUUGACGAAUCCUCAUUUAACGUCGAGUAUUCCAUCAGACGAACGGAUUACAAAACGAGCACCUAAAAAAAAGGGUCAAAGGAAAUCAAAAAGACCCAUUCAUAGUGCCAUUUCUAUUGUGUCCAACCUCCAUCUACUCACUGGAGUGCCGACUUUUGCACGGUGGCCACUUACCCUACAUUUCUUUGCAGAAGAGAUCAAGAGGAAGUGGGAUACCUGGCUUGUAUCUAAAGACGCAAAACCCCGAGAAGGUCUCAGGAUUGAAACGGAUUACAAACCAGAAGGGGAUUCAGCGGAACCAUGGGGUAUUCACGCGCUGCCCCUCAACUACGCACCUCUAAAACCCUACGUCGAGAAGGCGCAUAACAUCGUUUCAUUUGAACGCGAAGGGGAUUGCGUUCAUUGCCACGAGACGCUACAGUCAGGAAGCGGACUUUACCCGAUAUGUCCUCACCAAGGAUGCGAGGCCAUGGGUCACUUGGAAUGCUGGGGAAAAUAUGCCCUGCAAGGCGAAGAUGAGGGUGUUGUGGUACCGCUGUCCUGCAGGUGUCCGAGCUGUGACGGGAAUAUUAAUUGGAUUGAUAUGAUGAAGGAACUGACACUUCGUAUACGAGGACCGAAAGAGGUAACAAAACUGCUCAAGAAGCCACGGCGUACGAAGAAAGCUAUAGCGGCUGAAACUGAGGCUGAGGAGGACAUUUGA